AUGGACACGGAGCCGCCGCAGCGGGAAUUCCCGAGGGAUCGGAUCGGGAUGGGGAUGGGGAUCGGAUCGGAUCAGAUCGGCGGUUCCCGGCGGAAUUCCCGCUUUGUUCCCGCCCAGAGCUGCAUCAUCAAACGCUACUGCGAGAAGAGGUUCGUGUCCAAAUACCUGGCGACCAUCGGGAUCGACUACGGGGUCACCAAGGUGCAGAUCUGGGAUUGGGUGCGGAACGAGUUCUACAAGGACACGCAGGGGGUGCUGCUGGUGUACGACGUGGGCUCCAAGGAAUCCUUCGACUCGCUCGACUCCUGGUUGGCCGAGAUGAAACAGGAGCUGGGGCCCCAUGGCAACAUGGACAACGUCGUCUUCGUUGUCUGCGCCAACAAGGUCCGGGAUUGGUGCAGAAUUCCCGCCCCGAUCCCGUUAAAAUGGGCUGGGAUUGGUGGAGAAUUCCUGCCCCAAUCCCGUAUAACCCCAUAUCCCAUAACAUUUGGGGUUUCCCAGCUGUUUUACUCCACCCUGGUGGAUCUGUGUGAUAAUGGGGGUCAGCGUCCCCCGUGUCCCUCGGGUCUCAGUUUCACGCGGGAACAGGGGGAUGGAGGAAGUGACGUGGGCGUACCGGAAGUUUGGCCGUGCUGUGUUUGGGGUCAGGAAUUGUGGGAUUUUUCCUGUUUUUUGGGGUUUUUCAGGGAGGAAGUGACGCGGGCGUACCGGAAGUUGGCCGUGCUGCUGCACCCCGAUAAGUGCCUGGCCCCGGGCAGCGAGGACGCCUUCAAGGCCGUGGUCAACGCGCGCACGGCGCUGCUCAAGAACAUCAAAUAGGGGAUUCUGGGAAAAUUCCGGAAUUCCCAGGAAAAAUUCCCGGAUUUCCAUGGAAUUCCUACCGGAAAAUCGCCAAAUUUCCACAGCUUUUCCAUGGAAAAAUUCCCGGAUUUCCACCGUUCCCAACCGCAUGGCGCUGCUCAAGAACAUCAAAUAGGGAGAAUUCCCAAAUUCCCGGGAAAAAAUUCCUGAAUUUCCAUGGAAUUCCAACCAAAAAAUUCCCAAAUUUUCACGGAAUUCCCACCGAAAAAAUCCCAAAUUUUUUCAGAAUUCCCACAGAACAAUUCCCGGAUUUCCACCGUUCCCAACCCGCCCAGCGCUGCUCAAGAACAUCGAAUAGGGAGAAUUCCCAAAAAAUUCCCAGAUUUCCAUGGAAUUCCAACUGAAAAAUCGCCAAAUUUCCGCAGAAUUCCCACAGAAAAAAAUCCCAAUUUUCUGCAGAAUUCCCACAGAACAAUUCCCAGAUUUCCACUGUUCCCGACCCGCACGGCGCUGCUGAAGAACAUCAAGUAGGGAGUUCCCGGAAAAUUCCCAAAAAAUUCCCAAAUUUCCAUGGAAUUCCAACCCAAAAAUUCCCAUUUUUUUCAGAAUUCCCAUGGAAAAAUUCCCAAAUUUCCAUGGAAUUCCAACUGAAAAAUUGCCAAAUUUCUGCAGAAUUCUCACGGAAAAAUUUCCGGAUUUCCACCGUUCUCAACAUGCACUGAGCUGCUUAAGAACAUCAAAGAGGGGAAAUUCCCAAAUUCCCGGGAAAAAUUCCUGACUUUCCAUGGAAUUCCACUCAAAAAAUUGCCAAAUUUUCACAGAAUUCCCAUGGAAAAAUUCCCAAAUUUCUGCAGAAUUCCCAUGGACAAAUUCCCAAAUUCCCACCAUUCCCGACCCGCACGGCGCUGCUCAAGAACAUCAUUGGGAAAAUUCCUGGAAAAAUUCCCAAAUUCCUAUGGAAUUCCAACCAAAAAUUUGCCGAAUUUCUGCAGAAUUCCCACAGAAAAAUUCCCAAAUUUCCAUGGAAAAAUUUCCAAAUUUUCACAGAAUUCCCAUGGAAAAAAUCCCAAAUUUCUGCAGAAUUCCUACAGAAAAAUUCCCGGAUUUCCACCAU